AUGCACCCAAAACGAGUCACUGUUUGGUGCGGAUUUUGGUCCAGAGGCAUAAUUGGAAUCUUCGAAAAUGAGCAAGUAGUGACCGUGGCUGUCAAUGGCAAUCGUUAUCAGGCCAUGUUGAACGAAUUUUUGUUCACAAAAAUUGAAGAGGAGGAUAUUGGCAACAUUUGGUUUCAACAAGACGGCGCUACGUGCCACACAGCCGAAGCUACACUCGAUGUUUUGCGUCCUGUUUUUAAAGAUCGCAUUAUCAGCCGCAGAGCUGAUCUCGUUUGGCCACCUCGGAGCUGUGAUUUGACACCGUUGGACUAUUAUUUGUGGUAUGCCGUCAAAGAUAAGUGUUACGCCGACAAGCCAGAAACAAUUGACGCUUUAAAGGACAAUAUUCGUAGAGCCAUUGGAAUGCUAAAGCCAAUUGAAUCAGAGACGCGCGAAUUACGUAUGUUGGACGGUAUAUGGAAUUUUCGGCUAUCGCCUGCAAAUGAUCCCUUACUCGGGUUUAGACAGAGAUGGUUUGAAAGACCACUAUUUGAGACUGGGCCUGUCAUAGACAUGCCCGUGCCUUCAAGUUACAAUGACAUCACCAUGGACAAAAAUAUUCGAGACCAUCUUGGAUUGGUAUGGUAUGAUAGAACAUUUAUUGUGCCAGCGAGAUGGAAUGACUCUAUUACGAAGGACGGGCAUUUUAUUGUUGGCUCCAGAAUAUGGCUCAGAUUUGGUAGCGUACACUAUGCGGCAAAAGUAUAUGUCAAUGGAAUUAUGGCCAUGUCUCAUGAAAUCGGUCACUUGCCAUUUGAAGCAGAGGUCACGGAUUUCUUGAUGUUUGGUGCAGAAAAUCGCGUAACAGUUGUUUGUGAUAAUACAUUGCUGCAGGACACAAUACCGCAAGGAAAGGUUAAGUCUUUGGAAAAUGGUCAUUUUUUUAUGCAAACAUACUCCUUUGAUUUCUUCAAUUAUGCCGGCAUCCAUAGGCCUGUCAUUCUGUAUUCUACACCGCGAAUCUAUAUAUCGGAUAUUACUGUUGAAACAGAUUAUAAUGGUGAUAUUGGUAUAAUAAAUUACAAAAUACAGUAUUCAGGAUUGGAAGAUAAUGAAACUGAUGUGAUAUGUAUAGUUGAAGUGUAUGAUCAGUCUGGGACUUUCAUACUUAAUAAUAUGGCUGAUGCUGACUUUUCGGGUACCCUACAUAUUCCACAGGCCAAGUUAUGGUGGCCUUAUUUAAUGGAUGAGCAUCCCGGAUAUAUGUACACAUUAAAGAUUAAAUUAGCUGCUGAAAAUGGAGAAAAUUUCGACGUUUACAAACAGGCUAUUGGAAUUCGCACCAUAUCAUGGACAAAUACAUCUUUACUCAUUAAUCACAGGAAAUUAUAUCUAAGAGGUUUUGGUAGACAUGAAGACUCUGACAUACGUGGAAAAGGUCUCGAUUUGGCUAUUAUUGCAAAAGAUUACAACUUAAUAAAAUGGAUUGGGGCCAACUCAUAUAGAACAUCACAUUAUCCUUAUUCGGAAGAAGUUAUGGACCUGGCGGACAAAAACGGCAUCAUGAUAAUCAAUGAAUGUCCAAGUGUAGAUACAGAGAAUUACAAUUCAAAAUUGCUUGCUAAGCACAAGAUGUCGUUAAGCGAGCUAAUUCGCCGUGAUAAGAAUCGCCCAGGAGUGAUAAUGUGGUCCAUUGCAAAUGAACCUAGAACUCAGAUUACGGCAUCGGAUGAUUAUUUUUCGGCUAUCGUUGAUCACGUGAAAAGUUUAGAUGUUUCACGGCCAGUAACAAUAGCAUUGUCGAGGGCAGUCGAUGAAGAUAAAGUUGGACAACAUUUGGAUAUUAUCAGUUUCAACCGCUAUAACGGCUGGUACAGUAAUACGGGAAGAACGGAUAUGAUAGUAGAGCAAAUUAUAAAAGAAGCAAAGGACUGGCACAAGAAAUACCAAAAACCAGUUUUGAUGUCUGAAUAUGGUGCAGACACCGUAGAAGGUUUGCAUAUAGAACCUGAAUUUGUUUGGUCAGAAGAGUAUCAAGUUGAAAUAUUGUCUAAGCAUUUCAAAGCUUUCGAUCACCUUAGGGAAGAAGGAUAUUUUAUUGGUGAAUUUAUAUGGAAUUUUGCCGAUUUUAAAACAGCCCAAA